CCGGAAGCACCUGCCUGACAAAACCUGUUUCUUCACUUCCUACUGUAUUUUCACGUGGCGUCCCUAUCACCCAGAACAUUGAAAAUGGCAGAAAAGAAAGUUAUCAUGGUGACUGGUGGUACAGGUUUGGUUGGAAAAGCCAUUGAGUUUAUAGCCACUGGUGAAGAGAAAAACCCUAAUGAGGAAUGGCAUUUCCUUUCCUCUAAAGACGGAGAUUUGUCUGAUAGGGCAGCCACUGAAGCCAUAUUUAACAGAAUCAAGCCAACUCAUGUUAUACAUUUAGCUGCUAUGGUUGGAGGAUUGUUCAGAAAUCUUAAAUACAACCUUGACUUUUAUAGAAUUAAUACCUUAAUCAAUGAUAACGUUCUGAACAUCAGCCACACGACUGGAGUUAAGAAAGUAGUAUCCUGUCUGUCUACGUGUAUAUUUCCUGAUAAGACAACUUAUCCUAUAGAUGAAACAAUGGUACACAAUGGUCCUCCACAUGACUCUAACUUUGGAUAUUCCUACUCCAAAAGAAUGAUAGAUGUACAGAAUAGAGCUUACAACAAACAGCAUGGUUGUCAGUUUACUUCAGUAGUCCCGACCAAUGUCUAUGGACCACAUGACAACUUUAACUUGGAAGAUGGUCAUGUGCUGCCAGGAUUGAUUCAUAAGAUUUAUAUGGCUAAAAAGAACAACACACCCUUUACUGUAUGGGGGACAGGAUCUCCAAGGAGACAGUUUAUUUACUCCAGAGAUUUAGCAAGACUGAUGAUCUGGGUUCUUAGAAAUUAUCAAGAAAUUGAUCCAAUUAUUUUAUCAGUUGGGGAGGAAGAUGAGGUCAGUAUAAAAGAGGCAGCAGAAGCUGUAAUUAAGGCCAUGGAUUUCAAGGGAGAGGUUGUUUAUGACACAUCUAAAUCUGAUGGACAGUUCAAGAAAACUGCCAGCAAUGGCAAACUGAGGAAAUACCGAUCUGACUUCAAAUUUGUUCCAUUUGAUCAAGCUGUGAAGGAGUCCUGUGAUUGGUUUGCAGAAAACUUUGAAACAUGCAGAAAAUAAACUUAGCAAAAGAACAGUCUGGAAAGGGAAAUCCAUGUUUCAUGUGGGACAAUCAAUAGGUUCUUGUACACGUUGUAAUAGACUAACAUCGUUUCUUCAUUAGUAUGACUGGCAUUUUUAUUUAUAGAUGUGUUCAAUUUGUUAUACUGAAAAUUUUAUAUUUAACUUUUUGUUAAGGAAUCCUGUGUUAUAUUUUUGUACUUGCUGUCUUGGAUAUGAGUCCAGUAAUUAAUAAGUGCUUUUGUGAAUUUACUGGUAUUUUUAUAUUGAGGUAUGGAAAAACAAGUGUAAAUUUUCUUCUUUGCAGAUAUUUUUUAGUCUUCUAAGCAAAUGCACAGCACAUGUAACCUAUUUAUUGCAAAUUGUUUCAAAUUAUAAAAUUUCACAUUAGAAGGAUACAGAAUCCCUGUUGGACCUGUAUAAUAAGUGAAAUAGGUACACUUCCAUUUAGAAUGCAAAAAAAAAAGGCUAGUUCAAAAUAUUUUGGGAGGGUAUUUUAUUGAGUCAGCAUUAACUGAAGUUUCUUCAGUCUUUUAUAAAAGCUUUUUUGUUUUUUUUGGGGGGGAGCAUAUAAAUCAUACUGGUAUGACCAAAUGUUUGUUAUGCUGAUUAAUUUGGCAAGAAAUCCCAUCGUUCUCAUUAGUACAUUCCACGUUUAGCUUUUUUCAUUUUGUGACAUAUUUAAAGUGAGCUGCUUUCACAAUACUAUGUACAACAUUCCCCUUCUUGGGAAUUUUGAAUAAAAAUCUAGUGAGGGCAAAAUAGAAAAUAAGUUAAAUUACAAUUUUUUUCUCUAUAUGUCACCAGUUUUGAUAAAUUUAUUUUAGAUAUACACAUGUACAUGCUUUUUAUCACAUGUAUUAAUUCAAAAUACACAAUUAAUAUUUUCUGAUAGGUUUUCAUGUCUAGUAAUUGGUAAACAUGGUAAAGCAAAUGCCCAAAAAGAUAUGUAAAUUAUCUUUAAAUACGAUAGAAUAAAACAUUUAUUAGUGAUAGUGCUUUAAUACUUCAUAUUGUUAUUCUGCUGUGGGGAGUGCCAAAAGAUAUUUUUUUAAACAAAUGCAUAAUAUAUUUAUUUGUUGGAUUUUUCAUUUAGUUAUUUGUUUCUAUGAUAACACAUGAAGGCAGACAAUAGAAUAGAAAUUCUGUUCAUAUGCACAAGAAAGGCCAUUUUAAAAGUUUCAUGUACAUUAAAUUUCCUGAAAAAACAAUCAUGGUUCUUUUGAUUCAGUACAAGAAUUCGCUGUUUAUUUGUAGAUUUCCAUUACAAAAUUUGUUUAAUUUAAGACUGUGUUAUUUCUUGUCUUUACCUAAAUAAUUUCUGCUGGAAUUGUUGAAGAUUUUUUGUGUAAAUUGCCAGUUAUAGUGGUAUUUUCAAAGUUAUUGAAUUUUUUUUAUCUGCAUUUCAAAUUUAAAGAAGAUGCUAUUAUUUUUGUCUUUCAAGAUGGUUUAUGUCUAGCUCAAAACUUAUCCAAUCAAAAUGAAAAUAUUUUUUAGCUUAAUUAUUCCAUAAUUAGUUUUUUGUUCUAUACUUAACAAUUAAUCAUUAAAAAAUAUGUGGACACAUUUAUCUCUUUGUUAUUUUUUAUGUUAAAAAACAUUUUGGAUAAGAUUUUUACACUGGAAAUUGUGUUUUUAUUUCAUUUAAUAAAGAAUUUACACUA